AUGCGGUCCGCAGGGAACACGGGAUCAAAGCAGAGUUCGCUGCGCACGACCGCAGCGCUAAAGAGGAGUCGGCCAUUGGACCAGCUCUACAACUACCUGUCCGUCCUUUUAGGCUAUUUCGAGCCUUUGGAGACUCCUCCAACCUCCAAUCGGGGGCGCCGAGAUGGGAGUAAUCAGGACCUAGGAGAACCCCAGAUCUCGAUGAGCUCGAUGAGCUCGAUCUGUUCUCAAGGUUACAAAGGAAGUUUAAAGAACGCCCAAGUCAGCAACGAUUGGCAUCCCGGAAACAUGGAAGCCACUCAGAAGAUCAUGGGUGCACGAGAAAGGCCGGGAAUCCGACAAAGCAGGCCAGAAGGACCAAUGGCAGCGCUUACCACCAUGGAAACUGAGACCCUUGUCGUUGGAGCCAGUUGGGCUGGUCUCUGGACGCUGAACCUGCUCAAACGUCGCGGCCUGAAAGUCCUACUGGUCGAUGCAUGCGAGGAUGUCGGCGGCACCUGGUGCUAUACCCGUUACCCAGGGUGCCGGGUCGACACCGAGAUUCCGCUGUACGAGUUCAGUGAUCCAGACUUGUGGCAGAACUGGAAGUGGUCGCAGAGAUUCCCCUCGCGGGAGGAGAUCCAGGCGUACGUCUCCUGGGUUGUUGACCGUCUCCAGUUGCGAGACAACAUCCUCCUCCGAUGCCGCGUUCAGCGUGCUGAAUGGGACGAGAGCUCAAGCCAGUGGGUGGUUUCGCUCUCCAACGGCGACACUUAUCGGACCCGGUAUCUCGUCCUCUGCACCGGUUACACAACUGUGCCGUACAUCCCGGACUUCAAGGGCGUCCAGACAUUCAGGAACAGAGUCCAUACCUCGGGCUGGCGGGAAGAUAUCGAGUGGAAGAACAAGCGGGUCGGCGUGAUUGGGAGCGCUGCAAGUGGCCUGCAGAUCAUCGAGACCCUGGGCCCCCAGGUUGCGCAUCUCACGGUCUUCCAAAAGACCCCCAACCUAGCCACACCGAUGCGGCAGAAGGAGUACUCCUCUGAGCAGAUGGACGACCUGAAGCGCCAGUUCUACCCGGAAAAGCUGCGCCAGCGCAACGCCAUGACCGGCUUCUAUGCAUACAAGAACCGCGCCACUUUCGACGAUACCCCGGCGGAGAGAGAACGGUUCUAUCAGUCUCUGUGGGACCAGGGAGGACUUGCCUUCUGGUUUGGGAACUACUCGGACCUGCUGACUUCGCGCGAAGCCAACUUGGAGGCGUACAAUUUCUGGCGGAAGACCGUCCACCGUCGAGUAGCGGACAAGGCUACGGCAGAGAAACUGGCACCAGCAAAGCCACCCCAUGCAUUCGGGACCAAACGGCCGUCGCUGGAGACCUCCUACUUCGAGACAUUCAACCUGCCGAACGUCGACCUGGUAGACGUCAACGAGGACCCCAUCGUCGAGAUCACGCCCGAGGGGGUCCAGACCGCCACCAAACUCCAUGCCCUUGACCUCCUUGUCUAUGCCACCGGCUUCGACGCCUUGACCGGCAGCGCUCUAGCGAUCGAUAUCAUCGGUGUCAACGGCAUGCGGCUGGGUUCCAAGUGGGAUACGCGGAUCGAUGGUAAUGGAGUGUCGACCGCGCUGGGCAUGAUGACGGGAGGGUUCCCCAACCUAUUCUUUCCCAUGGGACCGCAAGCACCCACCGCGCUUGGUCUCAGCCCACAGCUGGCUGAGAUCCAGGGCGAAUGGAUUGCGAAUUGCAUCGAUCACGUCAACAGGCAGGGGCGGGGUAGGGUCGAGGCGACGGCUGAAGGCGAGGAGCAGUGGAAGCAGGAGGUCACUGCCGCCGCAGAGCGCACGCUCUUUGGCGAGACCAACUCGUGGUACAUGGGGGUCAACAUCCCCAACCGGAAGAAACAGCCUCUCUGUUAUUUUGGAGGUAUUGGCCGUUCCUCCCGAAAAUCUGUCGAUCGCCAGCCAACGCUGGCCGACUUCUUGCUGUGGCUCAGGCAGGUUAUUACGCGCCGGUGGCGUCCUCUAUGCAGGGGCCAAAACGCUGGGAGUCAUUCAGCCAAACAACUCGCUGAAGAUGGAAUCCCCAUACUGAGGUCAGAUUCUCCAAGCAGUGAUCUUUUUCCAGAGCAUCAUGGCCUUCCCCUAUUAGCUUGUGGUGAAUCCUGGUGGUAA